AAAAGAAAGGGGGGUGGGGGUUUGUGUUUUGAAAAUUGAUUAGGUCACGCGCUUCUUCCGGAAUUAGUCGGUGUAAUUUACAUUUAUCCAUUUUUUGAACCUUCCCUUCCCACCCCAGAACUUUCAAAUUUCAACAAAAUCGCAGACAUGGCUUCUGCGGUGCCCGCGACGGGGCGAGAGUUGUCGAAUCCUCCAUUGGACGGCAUCACCAAUCUUCGAUUCUCCAAUCACAGCGAUCAUCUCCUUGUGUCCUCAUGGGACAAGAGCGUGAGGUUGUAUGAUGCCAGUGCCAAUGUCUUGAGAGGAGAGUUUAUGCACGCUGGUCCCGUCCUCGAUUGCUGCUUCCACGAUGAUUCCUCCGGCUUCAGUGUCGCCGCCGACAACACUGUUAGACGGCUUGUCUUCAGCUCUAACAAAGAGGAUAUUCUGGGAAGGCAUGAUGCCCCCGUUCGUUGUGUUGAGUACUCAUAUGCCGCAGGGCAAUUGAUCACUGGUAGUUGGGACAAGACCCUGAAAUGUUGGGACCCUAGAGGUGCAAGUGGCCAAGAGCGCACACUUGUUGGGACAUAUCCUCAAGCCGAGCGUGUCUACUCUCUCUCACUGGUUGGACAUCGUCUGGUUGUAGCAACAGCUGGAAGACAUGUUAAUAUCUAUGAUUUGAGAAACAUGUCUCAACCUGAACAAAGAAGAGAAUCUUCUUUAAAAUAUCAAACCAGAUGUGUGCACUGUUACCCUAAUGGAACAGGAUAUGCACUUAGUUCUGUUGAGGGCCGGGUUGCAAUGGAAUUCUUUGACCUCUCAGAGGCUAGCCAAGCAAAAAAAUAUGCUUUCAAGUGUCACAGGAAAUCAGAAGCUGGAAGGGACAUUGUCUAUCCUGUAAAUGCAAUUGCAUUCCACCCCAUAUAUGGUACAUUUGCCACGGGAGGUUGUGACGGGUAUGUUAACGUAUGGGACGGAAACAAUAAGAAGAGGCUAUACCAGUACUCAAAAUAUCCAACUAGCGUUGCAGCACUUUCGUUUAGCAGAGAUGGACGCCUGUUGGCUGUUGCAUCAAGUUACACAUUCGAAGAUGGACCUAAAAGCCAAGAACAAGAUGCUAUCUUUGUUCGUAGUGUAAACGAGAUUGAGGUCAAGCCGAAACCCAAAGUCUAUCCCAAUCCACCAGCUUGAUUCCUGAUGGCCAUUUUGAAAAUAGGAAUUUCUUCGUUUGUUCUUUUCUACUGUUGCACUUGCUCUUUGUGAACACCAAAAACUACUUGUAAAAUGUUGUGAGCGCUAGGUAAAUUGUUGGAUACAGGUAUCUGUCAGAAAUGGCUCUCCUAUUGUUUUGUCUUUAUUCUCGUCAAAAGUAAACUAAAAUUGAUAGACAUCCUUUAAGUUUAGUCGGCUCAGGUGCAAAAUAUGAAUUGUGAGUGUGCAGGAUUUUUUUUCUAACAAUGCACUUUGCUUUUCUUUUC